AUGGCUUCGAAGAAAGUUGCAAUCAUUGGUGGUGGUCCCUGUGGUUUAACUACUUUAAAAGAAUGUCUGGCUCAAGGUCUCGAUGCUGUUCUGUUCGAAGCCCGAGAUGGAAUCGGAGGGCAAUGGCGUUACGAAGAACCUGAUCCCGAGACAGGCCAUGCCGUAUCUUCUGUGUAUGAAGGCGUGAUCCUGAACUCGUUCCGCGAUGGUACUACCUUUAGCGAUUUUCCCAUUGAUCCUGCGCACUAUCCAGACUAUUUCUGUCAUCGCAAGAUGCUAAAGUACAUAGAGCACUAUGCGGACCACUUCGGGCUUAGAGAAUUUAUUCGGCUGCAGACGAAGGUGGUCUCCUGCAAUCAACUUGCCGAUGGAAGGUGGACAGUCUUACAUCACAAAACUGGGGAGGACGAAGUUACAUCGGUGUAUGAUGCCAUAUUUGCAUGUACGGGUCACAAUUCCCGCCCCUGGAUUCCUGAGUUUGAAGGCUUGAAUUCUUUCAAAGGAGAGGUCCUUCACAGCCAUAUAUACCGGAGAGCAGCUAGAUUUGAGGGGAAGAAAGUUGCCCUUAUUGGAUUUGCUAGUUCAGCUGUGGAUCUGGCGUGUGAGCUGGUGCCGGUGGCGAAGGAGGUGCACAUGGUUGCUAGGAGAGGCGGAUGGGUUUUUCCACGAUUUCUGCUUGGCAAGCCAACCGAAUCAUACGAGAGUCGAGUCUCUGGAUCGAUCGUGCCCGCUCGGUUUGCAGAAUGGUGCGAAAAGAAACUACUUGUAUUUGCUGUUGGUGAGGUGCCUGAGGAAAUUAAACCUGAUCACAAUUUGAGCCAGGCCAACAUAACAGUCCACAGCAAUCUGCUCGAAUUUAUCAAGGUUGGCAAAAUCAAAGCACAUCGUGCGAGUGUGAAGAGUUUCACUGAGCACUCUAUAAUUCUCACGAACAAUACAGAAUUAGAUGUUGAUGCUGUAAUUAUUUGCACAGGCUAUCAUAUGGAAGCCCCUUAUCUUGCCAGGGAGACUUACCAUGUGGAGAACAAUCCAAUUCUGAAGUCACACAACACCAUUGAUCUUUAUAAACUUGUCGUUUCUCCCCAGUUUACUAACCUGUUUUUCAUUGGAUAUAUUGAAUUCCGGGGUCCUCUCCUUCCCGUCGCUGAAAUCCAGGCGAGGUGGGCGUCAUCAAUCGUAACCGGGAGAGUGAAGCUGCCUCCCGUCGAUAAGAUGAAUCAAUGGGUGAAAGAGUUCCAGGAGGAGUUGGUCAGGACUAUGGUGGUCUCCGAUCGCCACACAGUAACCGUCCGCUUCCUACCCUACUGUGACUCAUUACUCGCCGACCUCGAUGCAAACCCCACCUUUGCUCGUCUUGCCCGGGGGCUUUUCACCUGGCACCCAUUACGUGCCUUCUUGGUACUCAAAGCGGUGUAUUUUGGCAAACGGACGCCCGCACAGUUUAGAUUGUUUGGGUAUGGGCGGAAGCCUGAGAUAGCUACUGCUACGCUGCUAAGGUUAGCGGGGGAUAACAAGGAGAUAGAUGCGAUUGAGAAGGAACUCGUUAUUCUGGACGGUAAUAAAGCUGCUAGUUCCAAGGCCAACUGA